CCAUAUGUUUCCUGAGCACAGCAAGAGCUGCUUCUGCACAGUCCCUCUCCAGCAGCAUUGCUAACACAGGGAUUCCAAUUGCAAACCGUGGACAUGUUAGCGUUUCAUCUCAUUUGUGCCAUUUUUUUACUCUUGGAAGAGACCCAAGCCUGGGGAUACAAGGAUGGAAUACUGCACAACUCCAUAUGGCUGGAACAAGCUGCAGGAGUUUACCACCGAGAAUCACGGAAAGGGAGGUACCAGCUGACUUACAAAGAGGCGAAGGCUGUGUGCAAGUAUGAGGGUGGAAAACUAGCUAGCCAUGCACAGCUGGAGGCAGCUCGCAAAAUAGGCUUUCAUGUGUGUGCGGCUGGCUGGUUUGAUAAAGGAAGAGUCGGAUACCCCAUUGUGAAGUCUGGCUCCAAUUGUGGAUACGGGAGAGUUGGCAUCAUUGACUACGGUUACCGUCUCAACAAGAGUGAGAGAUGGGAUGUCUACUGCUACAACCCUACUGCAAAGCAAUGUGGGGGAGUCCUGACGGAUCAGAGGCGGUUUAUACAGUCCCCUGGCUACCCAGACGAAUAUGAAGACAAGCAGAUCUGCUACUGGCACAUCAGGGUGCGCUAUGGCCAGCAGAUCCACCUGAGGUUCCUGGAUUUUGACGUGGAAGAUGACCCAGGCUGCCUGGCUGACUUUCUGGAAGUGUUUGACAGUUAUGACGACAUCUCAGGCUUUUCAGGAAGAUUCUGUGGAGAUGAGCUACCAGAAGACUUUAUUAGUACAGGAAAUGUCAUGACACUGAAGUUCCUGUCAGACUCAUCUGUGAGUGCCGGUGGAUUCAAGCUUGAAUACGUUGCUGUGGCCCCAGCAUCGACGAUGAGUAACACAACCAUUGCUGCAAAUGAAUCAACACUGCCAGAUGUGUGACUGUACUGAGCUUCGAUCAACGCUGAUAAAGUGCUUUACAAAGUUACUGCAAUGCGUAAGCGCUGAAUAAAUAUCAUGUGUCGUUUUGAACAGCACUACUGCAAAGAAAUGUGACCUUGUAAACCAUUGUUUGUCCCUGAUGACCUGUUUUGGGGGCCUUAUGCAAUCACAUGGCCAUGUUUGUUAGAGCAACAUGUACUGUGAAAUAAACACUUGGUGACUGAUGUGCAGUUUUAGCAAAUAUUGUGCUGAAUUGUGUUGAAGCUCUUGUUUGUCUAUACAUCUGAACUGCUCAUGCCUGCUAUCUGCCUUGUAAUUCUAAUGAAAGCUUGCUCGUCUUGAUUAAACUUUUCAUGCACAUUAUCGCAAUACAUUAUUUAAA